AUGCUCCUCGACGUGCUGGGCAGACAGCCAUCGCUCUUCAAGCUGUAUACGCAAGUUGCCUUUGUCUUUGCGAUCAGCGAUGGAGCAUCAAACACAGAUCAGGUCGCGAGCGCUUUACGCUGCGGACUCGACAGUCUAGCUGCACAGUUGCCGUGGCUGCGCGGCAGCGUUCUCAACGAAGACUCAAAACCGGGCUGCAGCGGAUCGUAUCGCAUCGUCGAGUCUCCAGAGAUUCCGCUAGUUGUCGCAGAUCUGCGAGAGGCUGGCAGUGCCGCUACGCUGAACGAACUCCAAAGUGCUCAAUAUCCUUUCUCAUUGCUGGACGAAAGUCUCAUCGCGCCAUGCAUGACUCUGAAUCUUCCUGGAAGCUCAAACGGCCUCGUCGCAGAGACGGGACCCGUCUUCGCGCUCCAAGCAAACUUCAUCACCGGCGGACUGAUCCUUACCGUGGCUGCGCAACACAACGUCAUGGACAUGGCCGGUAUGGCGGCUGUCGUAACCUGGCUCUCGAGGGCAUGCGACGGAACAUGCCUCUCGGACGAGGAACUUGCCAUCGCGAACAUCGACAAGAGCAAAGUAUUGACUCUGUAUGACGGUACAUGGAUACCGAACGAGGCAUGGCUGGAGCGCCUGCAAGCUAAGCCCGCGGCACCUUCGCCUAGUCCAACGGUCGCACCCAACGUCUGGUGGGGCUACGUAGCAUUCUCGACCGAUUCCGUCGCAGCUCUGAAGAGAAUCGCGACAGAGACCAAAGACGCGGACAGCAACUACAUCAGCUCCGACGAUGCCGUCUGCGCAUUCAUUUGGAAGCACCUGUCCCGCGCAAGAACAGCGAGGACAGCGGCGAAGAGCCCAACGGUGUUCGCUCGUGCGGUUGAUUUGCGGAGCCGCAUGGGCGUGCCAUCGACGUAUCCAGGCACGCUCACCAACAUGGCGUACAACGAAUCCUCGCUCGGCAGCAUCGGCAAAGCGCCGCUCGGUAAAAUUGCAGCCGAGCUGCGCAGCCAGCUCAAUUCGCCAAAGCUGUCCGAGGAUACUCGAGCCCUCGCCACCGUCCUUGACCGACUCCAAGACAAAAGCGUCAUCAACAUCACGGCGCCCGUAGACCCGUCGACGGGCAUCAUGCUGAGUUCCUGGGCGUUUGCGAAGCUCGAUCAGCUUGACUUUGGCAUGGGUCUUGGCAUGCCGCUCGCUGUCCGUCGCCCGGCCUUCACCCCCGUGGAGAGUCUGAUGUACGUCAUGCCCAAGAGCCCAUCACACGGCGCGGUCAUCGGCAUGUGUCUCCGAGAAGAAGACUGGACGCAGCUGAAGCAAGACAGCGGGUGGAUCGAGCAUGCAACGUAUUUGGGCUGA